GUUUAUUUGCUAAAAAGUCUCACCUGAGCAAGGACGCCUUAGACUUGUGUUGGUUAAGUGUAGUUUGCAAGUGCACAGACACUCACCAGCAACGAUGGAACCUUUCUUCUACUUUGGGAUGAUGUCCUUCCUGUCAGUGAUGGUGUCCUGUGAUCCUGUCCCUGAAGGUGUCGUUCACAUGGAUUGUCAUGAGCGUUACUUCAUGAUAGCUGUGGAUCGCUCUUUUGCUGGGGAUGAAGCUCGCUUUGAGGCUGUCGACAGGACCGGUGUGUACGCCAUAACAAAGUCAUAUGCAGCCAGUUGUGGUUACAGCAUCGCUGUUCUUCCGUCAAGUAGCUACCUAGUUCUUCGUGCAUCUUACUUCAGCUGUCACACGGCCAACCAGGAUGAUCAAGUGUUCACGUUCAGCUUCAACCUGCUGGCGAGGCGUGAUGGUGCUGAGGUGGUCUAUGCUCUUAAUAAGACCUGCUUACCCCUGUUGCCGUGGUGUCCUCGAGAGGUCACCUGCGAGGUCAACUACAUGGAGGUGUCUGUGAGGAGUGAAAUCACAUGUGCUGCUGGGACACGGAAGGACGACUGGAACACUCUCGCAACUGCACACAGCUCGUCCACUUCAGACUGGCAGGUUAUGUUCCAGACGGAUGUGGAGCCGAUGGCACCUAUGAGCCUCUCAGACGCUCGUGAGAAAGGUUACGUGUUUGAACUGACCGACAGCAGGCUGAUCUUCCGCACACCCUACGGACAGCCACAUUCUACAAUUUCCAUGGUGAAUGGCAUCCCUGUGGAGAUGGUCCAUGCUACUCUGUUCUCCAGGCAAAGCUGGUUUGUCAUCAUGGUAGACCUGCUGGCUGUCUGCUCCAUUCACGAAGGCGCUUUUGAGGACGGCCAUGUGGUCUUUGAGACCCCAGAGGCGCUGUACCCUGGUUCUGAUGUCACACGGCUCUUUGUUGGACUGAACACUGAACUCCUUGAGCCUUCAGUGUUUGCAAUUGAAGAGGACAUUGUCAUGAUGAACGGCACGGUCCAGAUCCGAAUCCCAGUCAACAUGAAGGGUGGACACAGGAAGAGCUUUGCCAACGGUGACCUAUACGAGUUCUACACCUUCCAUCUCCACCUGGAGCAGCUCUUUGAAGAUGAGGAAGAGACCAGGCUCCGUCUUCACAAGAUGCUCGUCACACCUUUGCUGCUACACCCUCUUUGCACCCAGAACCAGACAGUGGUGGAGGACCACAUGUUCACAGUUUACCUGGGUGACAUCCCUGACGAUGUGAAGUUGUUGUCCUUUCAGCUCAACGGGCAUGAGAUGAGGUGGCCUCCUGCCAACACCAGCUCAUACACCAUCGUUAAUGUUGUCCAAACAAACAACGAGCAUGGAUACAUGCUGAAGGUGCCUUUUGAUGACCCUGUAGUUGCACAGGAGUUCUAUACCUUCCAUAGUGUAAAGUACAGUCUGGACAUAAACUACACUCUUCGUGUUCUCCCUGAAAACGAGCUCUACUAUCACUCCUUCAGUGUUUCUGCGCUAACCGAUGUCUCUCCUCCAGUCCUGGAAGCUGUUUGCUCUGAGACCGGGAUUACAUUCAGAGUGCACCACAGGCCGUUUGACUUUCUGUGGUUCUUGAGUGUGGGUUCAAAGGCACUAACAUCAGAGCUGGCUGCCCAGCGAGGCUACACGAUGACAAACGAUAGCGCCGCACUGCAGUUAGUUGUACCGCUUUUCACACAGGGCUUCCAGUAUGAGGACAUCACACUGAAGGGCUUCUUGGGGACUUUUGAGCUCCUUGUGAAAGAACGUCAGACCUCAGCUGUGCAAUGGUCCAUCACUAAGACUUGUCCCUUCACCUCCUCUGAAGUCAUUGCGUGUUCCAUGGAUGGAAGGAUGACUGUGCUAGCAGACUUGUCUCUAAUCACACCAAGUGGUGCCACUCCAUCGAGAAGCAACCUGCUAGAUGUCUUCUGCGGUCCAGUAGAGGCCGACAACACCAAGGCACUUUUCUCCUUUCCAUUAAACGGCUGUAGCUCCAAAGUCGAGCUCAGCAAGGGAGAUGUAAUCUAUGAAAAUGAGAUUUUCUACAACAGCAAACAUGACUGGGAGAGGGUGGUGGUGCGGUGCACAUAUCCUCUAGAUGGCCUCCACAGGCUCUUCUCCAUGCACAGGUUUGACUCAGACAGCCCAGGCAUUGGUAGCAUCAUCCACAGCAGCAAGCAGCACAAAGCAGCUCCGCUCAGGGCCACGACAGCUGUGAAAACGAGAGCCCCUACAACCACGAGAAGAAGCGAGGUUGCAGAUGCUAAGCUGCUAGCCUCACAUGGCAAUGUUCGCUACUUUAGGGUGUUGAAAAGUCGAAAACCUCACCCAGAUAGGAGGAAAGGUCUCUUCCUUCAAGCAGUAAAACAGGACUUUCUUUACAAGUGAAGUGUGGCAAUAUUUAUUUAAAAAAAUAAUAAAGCUAUUUUAAACU